AUCAAUAAUUAAUUUACAGCUCUGGAGUGACGUCAUGUGUUCAGCCUGUCAUAACAUAUCCAAUGUGGCCAUUCACAGCCAUUCACAGCUCCGUAGACGACCACGUGAUCACCAGCGAGCAGCUGCCGUUCGUCUGUCAGACGAUCGAAGUGACCACUGAGAACGAGGAGCAGACUGUUAGCUCCUCCCACUCGUACCCGCUCCAAAUCUCUCCUGUGUCUUCAUGCUGCGGCAGCGACACAGACAGUGACACAGAGGACACCAAAGAGGGUGUCAGUGAAGUCUGGAGGCGGGACUACAAUCCGUCAGUUCUCAGGAUUCCCACGUGUCCUCUCCCCGGCAUGGCCACCUUCGUCACUGCGACCAAGCCCAACUUCAGGGUGACCAGCACGCGGGACCCGGUGCCGCUCAUCAGCUACCACACCGACGGCUGGACGCCCGCCUACAGCCACAACUCUCUGGUGUCUACGGCAACCAGCCACACCCACGAGAUGCGCGCAAGCGUCAUUAUGAAAACCUCGGAUGUGACUUCCUCCUGACCUCUAACCCCCAGAUGAGGGAGUACCACCACUGCUUCCAGGACAUAGGAUCGACAGAGAGAGACAGUUUGUUUUUUUUUCCUUCCAUCAGCGCUGCAUGGAUCCUAAACAGGACGAGCAUCAAAAACCUUUGAUUUGAUUUUGUAGCUUCUGUCUGGGCGACGAAUUAUCUCAGUUUUCCUCUUAAUCGGGGAAACUGCUGACUGGUUAAUUCGCCAGGGCUUGUCAUGCCCACUGAGUGAGCACUUACGCCAAAUUUAUUAUUUG